UAACAAAAUUACCCCUUUCCAUUUCACAAUUGAGAAACCUCAAAUCCUUAUCUUUACGUGGGUCUAAAGGACCUCUUUCAAGAUCAUGGUAUUCAUUAUUUUCAUCAUGGAGAUCACCAAGGAUGGCUCCUAAUCUUAUCAUUGCGCGAGGCUUGAUCAACUCCCUGAGCUUCCAUCAAGUUUGUGCUGUUGGCAGCAAAAGGUUGCACAUCAAUGGAGAGAUUGCCAGUCAACAUGGGUCUUCUUUCUAAGCUCUCUAGUGUUUUGUUGAAUGAUUGCACAAGGUUGAAAUCUCUCCCAGAAGAUCUCCCAUCUAGUCUAAGAAGCUUCAGUAUAGAAUCUUGCAAAUCAUUUGAAGGCUUACCUAAUUUUGUGAACAUACCAUCAUUAAGUAACUUAAAUCUUAGUAACAACAAUUUCAGUAGUCUACCUGCCAGCAUAAGUCAACUUUCUCAUCUUCAAACUCUUUAUAUGCGUAACUGCACAAGGGUUCAAUCACUUCCGGAUCUUCCCACAAGUGUAAGGAAUCUGUUUGCUGGUGGUUGCUCAUCAAUGUUGCUUACUGAGAGCAAGAAGGAAGUUGAGAGUUCAGAAAUGGAGAGUUCAGAAUCACAAUACAAGAAAUUGCCAGAUAUUGUUAGAAAGAGCCUCCUCCAGGGACUGUUUGGCCAAUUUGACAUCUUUCUUACUGGAAGUGAUGUUCCAGAAUGGUUUAGCCAUCAGAGUGUGGGAUCUUCAUCAUCUUUUGAGGUGUCUCAACUUUUGGAUUCCAAGAUUCAAGGCUUGACAGUAUGAUGCAGAUUAAUUAUCAAAAUAGGCUUGUUUUAUUAGGAAUAAGCUUAGGGUUUGGUUUCAUACAUGUUAGGCUGUUGAUCCCAUGUGUUUUGAGUGUAAUAGAACA